AUGGCAGAUGGUGAGGAUAUCCAACCUCUUGUUUGUGAUAAUGGAACUGGAAUGGUCAAGGCUGGAUUUGCUGGAGAUGAUGCUCCAAGGGCUGUUUUCCCUAGCAUUGUGGGUCGUCCACGUCACACUGGUGUGAUGGUUGGAAUGGGACAAAAGGAUGCUUAUGUUGGUGAUGAGGCUCAAUCCAAGAGAGGUAUUUUGACUCUGAAAUACCCUAUUGAGCAUGGUAUAGUAAACAAUUGGGAUGAUAUGGAGAAGAUCUGGCAUCACACUUUCUACAAUGAACUACGUGUGGCCCCAGAAGAGCACCCUGUUCUCCUCACAGAAGCACCACUAAAUCCCAAGGCCAAUCGUGAGAAGAUGACACAGAUUAUGUUUGAGACCUUCAACACUCCAGCUAUGUAUGUUGCCAUCCAGGCAGUGCUUUCCCUCUAUGCUAGUGGUCGUACAACUGGUAUUGUUCUGGACUCUGGUGAUGGUGUGAGCCACACAGUUCCAAUCUAUGAAGGCUAUUCCCUGCCACAUGCAAUCCUGCGUUUGGAUCUUGCAGGGCGUGAUCUCACUGAUGCCCUCAUGAAGAUCUUAACCGAGCGUGGUUACUCUUUCACCACCACAGCUGAGAGAGAAAUUGUGAGAGAUGUUAAGGAGAAAUUAGCCUAUAUUGCUCUUGACUAUGAGCAAGAGCUAGAAACAGCAAAAACAAGCUCAGCUGUUGAGAAGAGCUAUGAGCUACCUGAUGGACAGGUGAUCACCAUUGGCGCCGAAAGGUUCCGUUGCCCUGAAGUUCUCUUCCAGCCAUCCAUGAUUGGGAUGGAAUCUGCUGGCAUUCAUGAAACCACAUACAACUCCAUCAUGAAGUGUGAUGUUGACAUCAGGAAGGAUCUUUAUGGUAACAUUGUGUUGAGUGGUGGUUCAACAAUGUUCCCUGGCAUUGCUGAUAGGAUGAGCAAGGAGAUCACAGCAUUGGCGCCUAGCAGCAUGAAAAUUAAGGUGGUGGCACCACCAGAGAGGAAGUACAGUGUCUGGAUUGGAGGCUCCAUUUUGGCAUCCCUCAGCACCUUCCAACAGAUGUGGAUUGCAAAGGCAGAAUAUGAUGAAUCAGGCCCCUCAAUCGUCCACAGGAAAUGCUUCUAA